UCAGAAAAAGAACACGGGAAGCGGCAAUUCAGUGACGUGUUCACUGUUGACAGCGUAAUUUCGAUAACUCUUUUCUGGUGUUUGUUAAGAAAGUAUUUAGUUGUAAUACGAGAUUUAGGAGCAAUGGGGAAACCUCCUGAGGAGCUUUUUUCUCCUCAUCAGAGUGCGACAACUUUGCUGGUCAGCGUGGAAGACCUGAUCAACAUGGCCAUGGGGCCCGAAGACAGAAAUACGGUUAAUUACAAACUAGUACAAACCGUGCUGCACAUACUGGCGCGACAGAUGCGAUUGUUAGAACAAAGAGUGGAAAUAAAGGUCACAGAAUAUAUAACUCAGAGAGAAAAGGAUGAGAAAGAAGCAAAAAAACUCGAACGAAGCAGAGCUAAGGAACGAUCGAAGACAAGGGAAGCAGAAAAAAUAAUGAGAACCGCUGAAAAAGAGAGAAAAAACAUUGAAAAAUUAUUGCAGAAAGAAAAAUAUAAGGCUCAAAGCGGUCCAAAGGAAAGGCAAGAAAAAGUCGCUUCUAAAGAUAGAGGGAAAGCAGCUGCUUUAGAUAAAGAAAAGGCUGAGAUAGCUGCAUCAAAAGAGAGAGAAAAAGCGGAGAAGGCGGCGGCAAAAGCAGAAAGAGCUGUAUCAAAAGAAAGAGAGAAAGAGGCAAAGGGAGCGGCUAAAGAAAAAGAAAGAGCAGAUAGAGCUAUAUCAAAAGAAAGAGAGAGAGCAGAGAAGGCAGCGGCUAAAGAAAAAGAGAGAGAAGAGAGGGGAGCAUCAAAAGAAAGGGAAAGAGCAGAAAGAGCUGCUGCGAAAGAAAAAGAAAGAGAAGAGAGGGGAGUAUCAAAAGAAAAGGCAAAGGCAGAAAGAGCUGCUGCGAAAGAAAAAGAAAGAGAAGAGAGAGCAUCCUCAAAAGAAAGAGAGAAAGCGGAGAAAGCAGCGGCUAAAGAAAGAGAGAGAGAAGAAAGAAAAGCAGACAAAACUUCAGCCAAAGAAAGAGAGAGGGAAGAAAAGGCAGCGUCAAAGGCGGAUAGGAAAGCGGAAAAAGAAAGGGAAAGGGAAGAAAAGGCUGCAGCAAAGGCUGAUAAAGAUGCGUCAAAAGAGAGAAAAGAUAAAGCUACGUCAAAAGCGGAUAGCGAUACACCAAAAGAAAGGAAAAAGAAAGAAAGGGCUGAAAAAAAAGACAGAGAUGAAUCAAAAGAAAAGGAAACAGGAGAAAGGGCUGCAUCAACAGUAGAUAUGGAAUCAGCAGAUGAAAGUGAAAAAGAAGAAGAUACUGUGUCAAAAGCAGACAGGAAAGUUACAAAAGAAAGGGAAAAGGAGGAAAAGGCCGCUUCAAAAGCGGAAAGGGAAGCAGCCAAAGAAAGAGAAAGAGAAGAAAAGGCCGCUUUGAAAGCUGAUAAAGCUGAAUUGAAAGAAAAAGAAAGAGAAGAACGUGCAGCAGCCAAAGAAGAACGAGCUUUGGCUAAAGACAAAGAGAGAGAGGAAAGAGCCCAAUCAAAAGAAAGAGAAAAAGCGGAAAAAGAAGCUGCUAAAGCUGAAAGACAUGACUUGAAGGAUAAAGCGAAAGCCGACAAAGAACAAGAAAAGGCAGAGCGCGCUGAAGAAAAAGCAAAAGCGAAAGCUGAGAAAGAAUUGGCUAAGGAAGAAAAGGCUAAAAGAAAGAAAGAGAAAGAGGGUGAAGGCAUCGAAGUCACAGAGGAGGAACGAGACAAGGAGAAGAUUUUAGUAGUUGAAAAAGGACCUACUACACGUUCUAGUGCAGGGCCUCGCUCACGCCCUAACAUUGAAGUGGUGACGCGCUCACAGUUUGACCUCCUCAUGGAGAUUGUGAAUGAGCUCAAGGCCAAAGCUGGCCCCACGCCCAUGCCCUCCAUGCCACAGAAUAAGGAACUGCUGAAACAGCUGUCGAAGGGCACCGCGUCCCUUACUGAAAUGAUGGAUGCCUUGCAGGUGAGCGCUCGAGUGGUGGCUGCUGAGCAGGCCAUCGGCCGUAUGGGCGGCAUCCUCACGCAGCUGGUGUCUGCUGGAGCCCUACCAGAGGACAUCGCAGGACAGAUUGGCGAGGUGACGACGGUGUUGGAAGCGGAGCUACAUGGGGACAGCAAAGGUGGCGUGUCGAGCUCGGAAGUGCCUGGUGGAAAGUCGAGUAAAUCAGGCACAAUGUCGCGCAAGUCACUAGUGUCUACAAAGAGUGGUGUAAAUAGCGUUGGCAGGCCAAGCACUGUAGAUUCAACGGUCUCCGAAAAGCCGUACAUCGAGUCCAAGGUCACCCAUCCCGAACUUGACGAUGCGAUCCAUCAGCUCAAAGAAGACUUGGCAAAGAAUAUGGGUCACUUGACUGCGAAGUCAUCUGCCACGGUCGAGAACAUCAUGACCAUGGUCAAAACUGUCACGGAGAAGCUGGACACGGCCUUGAAGAUCAACAACAGAAUAUCGACCCUGCAUUCCAUGGUGACGGACUACGCUGAACAACUGAGCGGGUUUGACGCCGGCCUUACCACACAGUUGAAAAGCUUCGCGGAACAAAUGACUCAGAUACGAGGGGACCUGGGGGCAGGACUGAAGCUGCUGGAGACCGUCAACAACAACGCUGAGACUGCUGCGGUGAUGGAGUUGACAGAGCGCUACGAAGCCUUGGUCUCUGAACUGGAUCACACUCUUCACGCUCAUUCGGAAAUGAGCGUCACACAGGACCGCCUGGGAGAGGAUAUGAGGAACCUGAUAGAUGCAGUUGAGAUGCUCAGAGAACAGAAGGCUGAUCGCGACGAGGUGCAGGACGGGCUUCGGGACAAGGCGGACAUGUCUCGUCUGACUGGUCUCCUGAGGGAUGAAGAGUUUAACGAAUCCCGAACGGAACUGGAGAAUAGAUUGACCCUCUGCCAUGAAAAGUUCCAUCGUCAAGAUGGCGUCUGGAUGAAAGCCCUCAAGGAACUGAAGGACGCGGUGGACCUGAAGGCGGACCUGGUGCACGUGCUGGGCACGCGGGAAGACGUGCAGCGCGCGCUCGGGAUGCUGCACGACAUGUGUCAGAACCUGGCGCUCGUGCUGGGAGAGCCUAAGGCGGCCAUCUUGACGCGCAAGCUGACGCGCGGCGGCGCGUGCGGCGCGUGCGCAGUGCCCGCGCUCAUGGAGCUGGAGAACGCGCGGCCGCGCCCCGCCGGCGCGCCCGCCGCCGCGGACCACUGCGAGGUGGAGUUCCAGCUGCCCGCUCCGCCUGACUCAAGGAAGCAUAUUUGCAACCGUUGGGUGGGUGGGUCUCACACCCGCAUCACUGGAGCCGUGUCGAGAUUGCAAGCUGAACCAUUCGCCUACACCACAAUACCCACCAGCAAGUACACGGGGUACGGCGGUGAUGGACGGCUGUACAUGAUGGAGGAAGAACUGCAGCCGUGCUUGGAGUGCAACAAGUUGGAUGAAUCCUUCGAUGACUAAGGAAGGUCGCUAUGGAGGAACAAGGCGCGACUAACACUUGACCAGAUAUUUGAAAGAGGAAUAACAAAAAACAGAAAAGGAAUACCAUGACAGAAGCGACACAUUGACAUGAUCACUAUCGAUGUGACUGCGAAAUUUGGAUAAUGUUUUUCCGUUGUUUGUUACGAAAUAUUGAAAUGGGAUCAUAUUUUGUUACAAAUUAUUUACAAUAGUUUGUUACGUAGUAUUUACAACAGUUAUUUAUAACACGUGAAGGCGCAAUGGGGAAAUACACUGAGGACUUUUCUCCGGUCCAAAGUGUCACCACUUUGCUGGUCAGCGUGGAAGAUCUUAUCAACAUGGCUAUGGGGCCUGAAGAC